AUGCGCUUCGCUAUUACCUUGACAAUCAUCUCUCUCGCCGUAGCCGCCCAGGCCGGUGUCGCCCAUCAAGACGAACCUUACGCCGUAGCCGCGCGGGCUGACACGGACGAGCCCGUGGCCGCACUGGAGAAGAAGGAGGAGGCAGGUUUGGAGAAGAGAGCCUGCAACUACAACGGAUGCAAGUGCAACAGCCACAAUCAGCAGCUCACUGUCUGUGGCAACUGCGUCUGGAGCGGCAGCAAAGCCUAUAUCGUGACAAGCAAGAGGAUCGCCAAUCACAUUUACGAGUGCUCGCCCAGCGGCAGAUGUUGCGACUACGGUCCUGGCAAGGACUGCGGCUCCCUCUCUGCUCGGUGCAUCCUGAACUAA